GAGGGUUUUGCAUUUCCGUUUGAAGCACUGAGCACAAAGGAAAGGAGGGGAGGGAGGGCCGAGGUUUGCCGAAUAUCUUGUGCUAGCUCGUAAAUGGCGGAAAACGCCGCGGAUUCCCAGGUGCAAGGCUCCACGGCUGAACAAAACCCUAACUCCGUCGAAGCAACGAUUGAGUCGGGUGCCGUUUGCGUAGCCACGGAUUCCACUUGCAACGACGGCGGUAGCAACAAUGCAGAAAGCUCCUUGGUGACUUCCGACGGUGAGCGCCAGAAGUCCUUGGAGUACGCGGACGAGUUGAUGGCGCGUGGGUCUGAAGCUGCCAAGGAGCGCGAUUACGCUGAAGCCACUGAUUGCUAUAGUCGUGCCCUAGAGAUCAGGGUUGCACACUUUGGUGAACUUGCUCCUGAGUGUAUCAAUGCUUACUAUAAGUAUGGAUGUGCCUUGCUGUACAAAGCUCAAGAAGAGGCUGAUCCAUUGGCUUCGAUGCCCAAAAAAGAGAGUGUUUCUCAAGAAGAUUCCAAUAAAGAUGGUUCUGUAAAAAUUGCUGCAAAUGGUGAAUCUUCUGCUGCCUCAGUUUCCAAUAAUGCAGAACAAAGUGGAAGCACAAAUUGUUUGGAUGGUGCCGCAGACAACACAGUAGAAGGGAAAGAUGAGGAAGCUGAAGAUGAAAGUGAUGCUGACGACCUUGCUGAUGGUGAUGAGGAUGAAUCGGACCUUGAUUUGGCAUGGAAGAUGCUAGAUGUUGCCCGUGCAAUUGUUGAGAAGCACUCAGGUGAUACAAUGGAAAAGGUGGACAUAUUGUCUGCUCUGGCAGAAGUAGCUCUAGAGAGAGAGGAUGUUGAAACUUCUCUGAGCGACUACUUGAAAGCCCUAUCGAUUCUGGAGCGCCUGGUUGAACCUGAUAGUCGGCUUAUAGCUGAACUGAAUUUUCGGAUAUGCUUGUGCCUGGAAAUUGGUUCCAAACCGGAAGAAGCUAUUCCUUAUUGCCAAAAGGCUAUAUCAAUUUGCAAGUCUAGGGUGCAGCGACUUAUGGAUGAAGUAAAGAACUUCUCAGGACCAGCAGAAGCAUCUGCUGCUUCUGAGGCGAGUCAAACUCUUCAACCAUCUUCAACUACAUCUCUAUCAGGUGAUUCUCUGCCAGAAAAAGAAGCAGAGAUUGAAACACUGACUGGUCUGUGUGGUGAACUAGAAAAGAAGCUCGAAGAUCUUCAACAGCUUGUCUCAAACCCGAAAUCAAUCCUCUCAGAUAUCCUUGGGAUGAUGUCUGCUGCAAGGGCUAAGGCCGCUGAGAAGAAUGCUUCUUCAGCAGCAAUGAGCUCUUCACAGAUAGCUUCUGCUGCCACUGGUGGAAGUACGAGCUCUGCAACUGUUUCUACUGCUCAUACAAAUGGUGCUUCUGGAGUGACACAUCUCGGUGUGGUGGGAAGAGGAGUCAAGCGGGUUGUGAUGAGCUCGACCGCGCAGCCCAGCCCGACGAAGAAACCUUCGCUUGAUCCGUCAUCAAACAAUGGUGAUGGUAGUAUCUCCUGAAGGAUUGUGUACGGCAUGUUGUUUUUGGAAGAAUGAUAGAAGAGUUUGGGAUAGAAGUAUAUGAUCCUCGGAUCAUUGUUAUCUCCCCAAUCUUUUAACAUUAACGCAGGUCUACGAUGUGUUUGUUCUUGUAUGUCUAUUUUGUCGUAAAUCUAGUUUGCUGAUGAUCCAUGUUAGAAAACAGCAUUAUGUUGGAACAUUCCUCUAAUGAUGAUGUACUUUGGUUAUUGGCUUUAGAUCAAAUUUCUACAGCUUAGUAUCCACAAUCAAGGGCCAGCAUUUUCUCGUUA